GACCAUAUGAAGAGAAGUCGUAAGCCUCCUCAGCGCUGUCUUAGCGCCCACCUCGACGGCGCUCUCUAACUUCAACCAUGUUUUCUUGUACGGUCCGUCGCUGAAAGCGGCGCUGAGGUAACCGAGGCUAAUGCGCGCGCCGCUGGUGUUCGCGCGUGUAGUGCUCGCGCUCCACUCUUGGCAGCUUUUGGCGGCUUUUGAGCAGAUCACGAAGAGAAAUGUCCUGAGGCUGAGAGAGGACCGAUCUGAUAUUGAUGAGAAACAGAACUUGCCCCAGAUGACACUCUCGACAGUUCUGGACAACAGUGGGGGGGUGUGCGUGCGUGUACAUCUACGCGUGGAGCCGCUGUUAGCCAAUACAACCCUAUGGAUUGAGUUUACUAAAUCAGAUACCAGGAAUUCCCAGGUUAUCUUGGUCUGGACGAGUCAUGAAAACAACACUGUUUGGUGGAGACGGUUGUCUAAAGACCGCAGUAGGAGAGUUAAAGUUGACUCGAAUAACGAAUAUCCGGAUCUGCGAAAAACAUUUGUGUGGGAGAUGCAGUUUGACUGUUUUAAGGCUCAGGUUGAUCAUGCAGUCCUUGUGUCUGUGCAUGACUUCAACCGUACUCUCACCAACGCUUCAUAUGUUCCAACAGUACAUCACAGAUAUUUAAGAGAUGCAGUGCCCAAAUAUGAUGUAACAGCGAAUACCUCGGCUAAACUUUUCAUGGUUACCAUGGGUACAGGCCAAGAACUGAUUGCCAGGCUGUGCUAUAAAAACUUAGCACCAGAGUGCAAAGGCAUCGAGUCACCAGAUAUUAAGAUUAAUACAGAUUUUGAUCCGGCAGUCACUUUCAGCUUCCCUUACCUGGUACGCUGUAUAUGUGUGCAGCUGUAUUAUACUGGACUUGAUACCAGGAGAGACACAACCUGUCCAUUUAAAAACCAAAGACUACCAGGAGGUGGAGAUAUUUUGUCCAGCAGCUCUCUGGAGCUUUAUGGUAGAUCUGUUCUUGAAUGGAAGCCUCUAUGUCCCUCUGACCCGUCAAAACCUGCAGUCUCUCUAUGCUGGCAACAUCAGGAAAACCACUCACAGUGCUAUCCUGUCCAAAACUCCACACUGCAUGACAGAGACUUGAAAUACAACGUGACUGCUGUGGACAAGCAUGCUCACAUGUGUGUGAAGUUUUCUCUGGAUGACAGCCAGCGUGUGUUUUGCCCCUUCAGCUCAGGUAUUUUCUCUGAAUGGGAUGUGACUGUGGUCCCUGGAUCUCAACGUCUGCAUGUACGACUGUCCUCCACUAUCGCAGCAUCCUUCUCUGCCCAGCUGUGUGUGGAGGAGGAGGGAGAGUAUGUGGCAAAAGGAAAUGUUCACUCUGUUCACAUGGAAGAAGGCACUAAAGAGGUGGAGCUGAGCCUUCCCCUUCACUUUUUCAUCCCAGGACUGUGUGUGCAAGUGUGGCGUUCUGAGCCUUUUCUGCAUGGAAAGAGAAUCAUUUGCCCUGACUAUACUCACAGGAGAUGGGGUCUCGUUAUUGCCUUUUCACUGGCCUUCCUGAUCACUCUAACAACAAUGGGGUUCCUCACCUACAUUUUGAUCAAAAAGAAGACAUCAGUGUGGCGCUGUGCAGAGAGAAAGCCUGUGUUGCUGGUGUCCUCCUCUGAUGAUGCGGUCCACGUGGCGGCUGUCUGCGCUCUGGCUUCCGGACUACAGGAGGAGCUGCGUAUGGACGUGCGUUUGGCGCAGUGGGCACACUGCAGCACGCAGGCAUCUCUGGCCCAGCUUGGACCCGCACCCUGGCUCUAUGGUCAGUGCCAGGAGGUGCAGCAGGCAGGAGGUGUGGUGCUGCUGGCCUGGAGCCUGGAAGCCCAGCAGGCAUUUCUCCAAUGGAAGGAGAGAGAAGGGAAGAAGGAGAGGGAAAACAGUUGGUGGAGGGGAAAAGUGGGUGAUGAAGAGAAGGAUACAGCAUGGAGCAAUGAACAGCAGAAAGAUAAGCAGAAAGAAGGAUGGAUGGAGAGAGCAAAGGAGACAUCGUCUGUCACAGCCCCAGUGUUUAACGCCACCCUCUCGAGUCUGUGGUCGGGGCUACACAGUGAGCGCUGUGGCCAAGGAUUCGGUUUGGUUUGCUUCCAGGGCCUUGGUGGCAGCCGCCAUAUUCCAAAGGAGCUAAGGGGAGUCCGACGAUACUGCCUGCCCCGGGACCUCUCCAACCUGAUACAUGAAUUGGACCUGAAGGAAAGCAACCCUGGAGGCGGGGACAAAAAAGCAUCCAGUGGCUGGUGCUGUUGGCCCUGCUUUUUCUCCAAAGCUCUGUCCUUCUGGCUGUCACAGAGACUCGCUCAGAGACUGGAGGCAUGGCUACCUCAGAAAGAACAAGACAGAGAAAAGUCCAAGCUUAUUCUGAAGCUGUCACAUAAACCUCAUAGUAAAAGUAAGGCCCCAUCACUGUGCACUCCUAAAAAGAAAAGCAUGGUGACUGAAAAAGAGCCAGGAUAAAUUCUGCAUUCAUGGAAAAGUGAUGGUCAUGAAAGUAAAUGAAACUGUUUCAGCUUCAGACUUCAUCUGCCAAGUAAUUACCACAAACAUUAAGUGUUCAUUUUUAUUCGUUCUUUUUGCAUACCUCAACCUGUGUCCAGAAACAUUUGCAAAGAAAAAACGGUUCUGCGCUUUUGCACUUAGAUCCAGAUAAGAGCAUCUGCCAAAGGCUGUAAAUAUGAAAGCAAUGUCAAUACAAAGGGGUGGGCAAUGUAACAGUAUUUUAUCAUAUCGUGGUCAAUUACAUCACAAUAUUAUGGAUAUCAUCAGUAUGUAAAGUACACUGACUAACUGCAUGUUUCAUUACAAAAAGAACAGAAUUUAUGAUCCUUUUUAAAUGGAUUUAGUGCAGUACAGUAUUUGAAACAUUGAAGAAAAAUAUAUAUAUAUAUUUAUAGUUUUUGACAGUAUUUUCAAAUGUGGGACUGCUGGUUCUUUUUUUUGUGUGUUUAAACUUAUCAAACCUCAAAAAAACAAAUAUUGUUAUACAUAUGUAUUGUGAAAGUGUCUUCAAGUAUAAUAUAUAAUUCCUUUGCCAUAUCACCCUCCCUGUGCUAUAUACAACCCAUUUCCAAAACAGUUGGGAUGCU